AUGCCUGAGUCUGGAACCUGCACCUCCAUCAUCAACCUGCGUUACCAGGAUGGCAGCGAGGGGAGCCCCUCCAACCCCGCCAAGUACAAGAACCAAGACUAUGCUCAGCUGAAGGAUAACAGCCUCCGCAGAGGGAGGCUGUUUGUGGACAGCACCUUCCCGCCUGGCACCCGUUCUCUGGGAGACCUGCCUAAUCUGGCCAGUUGGCAGGAGGAAGAAGUGGAGUGGCUUCGUCCAGCUGACAUCUUGAAAAGACAGAACAAUAGCGAUGAGCCGACUUUCUGCAUGAAGGGAGCCUCACGCUUUGACUUUGGUCAAGGCAAUAUUGGUAACUGCUGGUUUCUGGCUGCUAUCUCCGCACUGACGAUCCAAAAACACCUGAUGGCGCAGGUCGUGCCCAUGGACCAGUCCUUCAAAAACUACGCAGGAAUAUUUCACUUCAGGUUCUGGAGGUUCGGCAAGUGGGUGGAUGUUGUCAUUGACGACCACCUGCCAACGUACAACAACCAGUUGCUGUCUGUGCACUGCAAUGGAGGAAAUGAGUUCUGGGUUCCUCUGCUGGAGAAGGCAUAUGCCAAAGUGUGUGGCACAUACGCAGACAUGAACGCUGGCCUGCCAUCAGAGGCCUGCAAGGACUUCACUGGAGGCGUGAACAUGACUUACGAACUUGGGGACGCCCACACAACCGGCCAUGAUGAGAAGCUGUGGCUCCAACUGAGCAGAGCCACUGGGUGCAAGUCCAUGGUUUGCUGCGGCACUGCCCCAAAAGGGGGUAGGCUGGUGAACACUGUAGCCCACACUGGAUUGGUGGAUGCCCAUGCCUACUCCGUCACAGCUGUCACUGAGGUGGAGUAUUACGGCUCCAAAGUGCAGCUGGUGCGAGUCAUGAACCCUUGGGGCAAAACAGAGUGGAACGGGAAGUGGAGCGACAAGUCAGAUAUGUGGAACAGAGUGAGACAGGAGGAUCGGGAGAAGUGCUUUGAUCGCGACGAUGGAGAGUUCUGGAUGGAGUUGGAGGACUUCUGUCACUAUUUCAACAUGGUGUCCAUCUGCUGCGAGAACCCCAACUUUCUUGAUGGUGACCUCACCUGCCAGUGGAAAUGCAUGAUUUAUGAUGGCAGCUGGGUGGCAGGUAGAACUGCAGGUGGCAGCUUGUCUAACUCUACCUUUGCAACAAAUCCUCAGUAUCGCAUCCAGGUGACAAUCAUCAACAAGCAGGAGAAAGAGGACAAAAACAUCUUGCUUUCUCUGAUGCAGAAACCUCAGCAGGAGAAUCGCAAGGAGAGACAGUCCCACCCCAUUGGAGUUACCAUCUUUAAGGUUCCAUCAGGGACCCCACAGGGACGCCUGGGAUCCUCCUUCUUCAACAGAAACAAUCCUUUGAAAUCAAGGCAGCUGUACACCUAUCAGAGGGAUCUGAUCGAGCUGCACAGUCUGGAGCCUGGGGAGUAUGUGAUCAUCCCCUCCACCAUGAAGCCCUACAUGUCUGGAGAGUUUGUUCUCAGCGUCUUCACCAAGUCUGAGGCGAAGAUCAGCAACGUAAGUGAUGACUGGACGUUUUUCUUUAAGAUCCCCACAGACGGAGACGGUGACCAGGACUCCACCCGCACCCUGUUCAACCGCUACGCCGAUCAGAACGGUGAGCUCAGUGCCAGACAGCUGCAGAAGCUCCUCAAUGACAACUUCCCUCACGGAACCCGGUACGGCUUCGGUCUGGAUACCUGCAGGAGCAUGAGUGCUAUGGUGGAUACCGACCAAAGGAUGAGAAUGAGCUUCUCUGAAUUCUCAGUUCUCUGGAAGAAGAUUCACGAUUACAAGAAAAUCUUCCAUCGCGCCGACUUGAAUCAGAGUGGAUCCCUGUCUGACUAUGAGCUCCAGAGGGCAAUUGAGGCUGCAGGGAUGAAUGUGAACGAUGGCAUGGUGAGGCUGAUGAUGUUCCGCUACUCGGGCGUCUCCUCCACCUCCCUGGAGAACUUCAUUGUUCUCAUGUUGCGCCUGGAAAAGACAUCAAGUGUUUUCAAGGACAAGUCAUCCAAUGGAGUGAUCCACCUGACCUGGGAUGAGGCAAGUUUAUCUCCACUUAAUACCACUUAUGCAUGUUUUUCAAGAUAUCCAACAUUCACAAAGAUAACAUAUGGCAGAAAUAUUCAUAUCAUCUACUGAUUUAAAAGUAGCAAUACUACAAUAUUAAAAUACAAAUACAAUACAAGUAAAGUUGGUCAUGGUGUCGCUGUUUUUUUUUGUUAACUGUUGGGUAGUUUUAUCAUAUAUUAACAAUGCAUCAUAUUUUAUGACCACUUCAUAUUUUGUGUAAAAAUGUUUAAAACUGUAGAAGGUAAAGCAGUGUAGUGUGCAGCCCAUUCUCAGCAGAAAUCAAUCAGUGAUUAAAAUCAUGAAAGAUACUAAUAAUUCUAAUAAUAACUACCUUUCCUUUUGUUUCAGUGGUCCAACAUCUCCCUGUACAACUAGAACAAACCCAACACAGAGGCACAAGAGACACACAGAAGAUUCCCGCAAUCCAACAUUACUUAUAUUGGAAUUCAUGUCUCUCCUGCACAAAACCUGUAAAGCUGUAACAACGUUUCUGUGAUCAAAUGAUCUGUGUGAAAUAAACGUCGUUACCUUCCGAGUUGUGAGUUGAAAUGGUCGUACUUGAACACAUUUUAGCAUCAAACCGCACACGACUGCCGAACAAACAGGAAGCAACAGAACAAAAGAAACUCUGGAACGAGAAAUGAUUUUAAUAACUCAUCACUGACUACAAGAGAAAGAUACAAAACCUCAACAAAAGUGAAUAAACGCCACAACACAACAUUUCCUAUAUACUGUAUACUCUCAUUCCUGUAUGUGAUGAUACAUGAGACUCUCUGAUCAAACUCGUAUUUACAAGUCGUCAACAUUAUUUCACAAAAAUAAAUCCAUAAUCCAUUCAUUCAAGUCCAAAAAAAAAAUGUAUGUAUCAGCCAGGUCU